AUGAUGGACGAGAGCAGGGAAGGGCUCCUCAGCCCCUCUCAGCGCGAACACGGUCGCACGUCCUUCGAUGGCCCUGAGAAACAGCCUUUCUCACGCUCCCGCACGUCACUCUCCUCUGAUCUUGAAUCGGACCUCGACGCAACAGAGUUCCUAACCUCGGAUCCCCUCGAUUCUAAAACCGACCCCAGACCAGCCUUCCUCACCGGUCAAAAGAGGUUCAACUUCAGCUCUCUCCGCCGACCUUUCCGCAAUCGCUCGAAAUGCUGUAUCGUCGUUGGCAGCGUCAUCGUAAUAAUUUGGCUGAUCCUGGGAGCAGGCGGGGCGGUCGUAUACAAAAAGUUCAAGGAAGAGCCCACGUACGGGCAGUCACCACCCUGGUAUCCCACGCCCAAAGGAGGUUCCGCCACAGGCUGGACUGAGAGCUACAAGAAGGCGGCAGCCAUGGUGGGCAAGAUGACACUGCCAGAGAAAGUAAACGUCACCACGGGUACAGGCUGGAUGAUGGGUCUGGCUGUUGGUACCAACGGCCCCGCCUCCCUGGUUGGGUUUCCUCAGCUACAGCUUCAAGAUGGGCCCUUGGGGCUGCGCUUUGCCGAUAACGCCUCUGCCUUCCCAGCUGGCAUCACGGUCGGAGCCACCUGGAACAAGGAGCUCAUGUACGCUCGUGGCAAGGCUCACGGGAACGAGGCUCGUGGAAAGGGCAUAAAUGUCCUUCUCGGCCCUUGUGUCGGGCCACUUGGACGAAUGCCCGCAGGUGGGAGAAACUGGGAGGGUUUCGGCGCAGAUCCUUACCUUCAAGGAAUCGCUGGCGCCGAGACGAUUAAGGGAAUUCAGUCGGAGGGAGUGAUGGCGAAUAUCAAGCAUUUUGUGGGCAACGAGCAGGAACACUUCCGGCAAUCAUGGGAGUGGGGUCUUCCGCACGCCAUUUCCUCCAACAUCGACGAUCGUACCCUUCACGAGCUGUACGCCUGGCCAUUUGGGGAUGCGGUCAAGGCAGGCGUGGCCAGCGUGAUGUGCAGCUAUAACAUGGUCAACAACAGCUAUGCCUGCUCCAACUCGAAGCUGCUCAAUGGUAUUCUGAAGGACGAAUUGGGCUUCCAGGGCUUUGUUGUGUCGGAUUGGGGCGCCCAACGAUCUGGUGUGGGCAGUGCUUUGGCAGGGCUUGACAUGACAAUGCCCGGUGACGGCCUGCGCUUCUCAGACGGCGAAUCACUAUGGGGCCCGGAGCUUACAAAAUCCAUUCUUAACGGUUCUGUUCCUGUCGAUCGCCUGAACGACAUGGUCACUCGAAUCGUCGCAGCCUGGUACCAGCUUGGGCAGGACGACACUUCAAAGUUUGACGGUAAAGGCCCCAACUUCUCCUCGUGGACGAAUGAUCGCAUGGGGACGAAGGUACCUGGAAGUAAGACAGAGCAAGACAUUGUCGAGGUCAACAGCUUUGUCAACGUGCAAGCUGAUCACAAAGACGUCGCUCGUGCGGUCGCGCGUGAAGGCAUCGUUCUGCUGAAGAACCAAGACCUACUGCCCAUCGACCGUAUGGGGUUCACCGACGCAAAGAAGCGAGGUCUUCCCACAAGACAUGAGGGUAAGCUCAAGAUUGGUGUAUUCGGUGAGGAUGCUGGUCCUGGCAAGGGCCCAAACAGAUGUGUUGACCGCGCAUGCAAUCAGGGCACGCUUGCUUCUGGUUGGGGCUCGGGUGCCGUCGACUUCCCCUAUCUUGUGACUCCAGUUGAGGCCCUCCGGACUGGCUUCAACAUGACCAAGGUCCAGUGGUCUGAAUACCUCACCAACGCACCAGCCUUUUCUUCUGACCCCAGCAUUCUCGACCAGGACGUGUGUAUCGUCUUUGGCAAUGCAGAUGCGGGCGAGGGCUUUGUGCGCUGGGAGAAUGUUGCUGGCGAUCGACCGGAUCUGUUCCUGCAAAAAGGCGCAGAUGACCUCAUCGUCAAGGUCGCGCAGGGCUGCGGUGGCGGCGCAGGUGAAGUCCUUGUCGUCAUUCACGCCGUCGGCCCUGUCGUCAUGGAGAAAUGGAUUGACCUUCCCAACGUUAAGGCAGUGCUGUUCGCCAAUCUUCCUGGGGAGGAAAGCGGAAAUGCAUUGGCAGACAUUAUCUUUGGUGACGAAAGUCCUUCCGGGCAUCUCCCUUACACAAUCGGCAAAGCCCUUAAGGACUACGGUCCUGGCGGCCAGAUUAUGUACAGGCCCAAUGGUGUUAUCCCGCAGCAGGACUUCACCGAAGGCCUCUAUAUCGACUACCGCUAUUUUGACAAGAAUGGCAUCGAGCCCCGGUUUGAGUUUGGGUAUGGACUCAGCUAUACAACCUUCGAAUUUUCUGGCUUGCAGGUCUCCCCUCUCAAGAACAAGUCAACGCUUCCAGCCAACAGAACACAGUCUUCAGCCACGCCACCUGAGUACUCCAGUGAUAUUCCCGACUCCGAAGAAGCCCUCUGGCCGGAUGGCUUCCGCAGGUUGGACAAAUACAUCUAUCCAUACAUCGACACAAUGGACGAGAUCAUUGAUGAGUCUUAUCCGUAUCCCGAAGGAUACAGCCAGCAGCAGCCUCUCUCCCCUGCUGGAGGUGAGGAGGGCGGCAAUCCCGACCUCUGGGAGACAUACGUCCAGGUGAAGGUGAAUGUAACCAAUACGGGUGCCAAGGCAGGCAAGGCUGUUCCACAGCUCUAUUUGGGAUAUCCCCAGGGGAGCAAGAAGACAGACUUCCCCGUCAAAGUGCUACGAGGAUUCGAGAAGAUUUAUUUGGAGCGAAGUGAGUCCAAGAUUGUCGAGUUCAACUUGACGAGGAGGGAUCUCAGUUACUGGGAUGUUGAGAGCCAAAAUUGGAGUAUGAUGAUGACGGGAUUAUACACAUUCAUGGUUGGACAAAGUUCGAAAGACUUAACGGAAUUUGGGACCUGUGGUGGAUUCUGCUCUCAGUCUGAGAGGGCUUCAGUAAUGUCACUUUUCGAACUCAUCGUGAAGCAAGGUGCCGCAUCUGAUGCAGCAAAUAUAUGA